AUGUCGGCUAUUCGAAGCGCGCUUGAUAUUCUGGCCGAGGCUGCUUCAGCCAUGAGAGCAAAAAUGAAUCUACCUAAAGAACGAUGCCUGUCGUCGAAUACAUUCGGGGUUUAUCCCAAUCAUUACAAACUGCCGUCAUCGCUAUGCUGCUUUCGCAUAAUGCAACUUCGGACCGGUGUGGUAUGGUUGGCUUAUGGAGAGAUGGUUUGGAUAACUUCACAACUAUCAUACUGGGCAGCUCAAGCUGUAACAAAUGGUUUCCCACAAGCUGUUAUUAUGAUUGGUUUCUUUUUCACGUUCUCGCAGAUAGUAUUCGUGCUGUUCCUUCUAAAGGGCGUGAAGCAGUUUCGAUCGUCUUUCAUUGCUUGCUAUCUAUGUGGCCUUGUAGCGAGAAUUAUUCUAUAUCUAAUUUUUCUAAUGCUCAUCGGUUUCGUUAACCUCGCAUUCGUUUGGGACGAAGACGACGAGACUACAUUGAUAUUUUUCCGCACAAAAGUGCCUAUCAAGGUGACUUUCUGCGUAUUCUAUACUACCUUGAAGAUCUACCUAUUUGUCGUAAUAUAUCGAUUUUAUUCGUAUAUAGUCGAAACGACCGCUUAUUUUCGUGGAGAAAAACAGUCGCCUUUGGCAAGUUUGUUUUUGAUUACUUUGGUAGCACUACUUGAAAUUUACGAUUUUUUUUGA